AUGGAUCUUAAAGAUAUUUCCUAUGCUUCUUUCCCAAAAAUUGGUGACAUCUUUUUAAACUUAGGAAAUGUGGAAGCCAACCUUCGGAACAUGACGAAAGCAAAAGAAUAUCAUGAGCGGGCUCUGGAAAUUUUUAGAGCACAAUAUGGUCAUUCUCAUGAAAUGGUGGCAAGAUCUCUUAUCAAUCUUGCGGGUCUUGCUUGCUCAAACCCAAACGAAUGCAGUGAUGGUGUAAAGUACGCGGAAUUAGCAUUUAAAAUUGAUAAUCGACCAUUUAUCGAAGGCAUUUACUAUAUGAACCUAGGGAAGCAGGAACAUAUCCAAGAGAACUUUCUAAAAGCUGCAAAUUAUUACAUACAAGCAUUGGAGAUCUUCAACAACAAGGCAGAAAAUGUAAACGGAAUUCGUCCCGUACGUGAUGUUACAAAUAUGGCGCUCAUAUGCACAAACCUUGGAAUUAUAUAUUGGGGUCUUAAUUACCUUGAAGAGAGUAAACAUUCAUUCAAUUGGUCCAUCGAGUUCUACCUAAUCGCUAAUGGACUAAACCACCUUGGUCUUGCAGAUUCGUAUUACAACUUGGGCCUUACACAUUUCAAAUUAGACGAAUUACCUGAAGCUGAGGAUUGUUUUAGACGUGCCCUUGAAAUCUACUCUAAACAGUUUGGGCCAUCUCAUAAAGUGAUUGCCAUGGUUUCUCGAAAACUUGCAGGUGUACUCGAAGAAGCAGGUCAGUCAAACGAAGCAGCGCACUUAGAUAAAGAAUACGGUACAUGUCGCAAGAAAGACAUUGACCUUAAUGGCUAUUCG